AUGGCAGCUACUACAGCUAGUAAACUUGCCAGCGACACAGGAAAGCGCGCUGCAACUCUCAUAUUCCUUCACGGCCUCGGCGACACCCCAGCAGGCUGGCGCCAAUCAUGGGCAAGGUACCUCGACGACCCGUCCCUCUCGCACAUCACCGUCGUCGCCCCGCGUGCGCCAAUACGUUACGGCUCAGGCUACACAUGGUACCACGUCGGCGCGAACGACUACGAGGACAAGACCACCCUCGAUGCGAGCAUCAAGACGCUGGACGCGCUCGUUCAAGAGCAGGUCGACGCAGGCGUCCCGCCGGACAGAAUCGUGCUGGGCGGGUUCUCGAUGGGCGGCGCGAUGGCGCUCGCUACGGCCUUCACGGCGCCGCGGCGGGAGGGAUGGAAGUUGGGCGGUGUCAUAGGGCUGGCUGGGUACAUUCCGCGGGAAGACGAUUUCGUGAAGGCCGUGUCCUCGACCCCCAAAGACACCCCUGUGUUCUGGGGCCACGGUAACGUCGACGGCGUGGUCGCGUACUCCGAUGGCGAGGCUGCAGUUGCGAUGCUGCACGAGCUCGAGCCGAGUCUGAACGUGUACAAAGUCAAACAUACACAGCGCGAUUGGGAUGCGGACACCGACACGCGUAUCGAGGGCGAGAAAGGCGAAGCGUGGAAGAGCGAGAAACACGCGUGGAUCGAGCGGCAUGAGUAUGACAACAUGGACCAUGGGCCGACGUAUAGGUGGCACGAUCAGGCGAUGGAGAAGCAUUUACGGGAGUGGUUGAGGAGGGUGGUCCCUGCGUAG